GAAAAAUUAUAGUUUUUCAAAACAUUAAAGAGAAUUUAUUAUUUAAUGAUAAUUUUGAUAGAUAGCUUAAUAUAAAUUUAGAUUUAUAGGAAUAUAUUGUUAUUUUAGUAAAUUUUAUUGUUUUAUCUGUACAUUUAUUUAUUUAAUCCUAAUUAGUGUGUUAGAUAUUCUACUUAUAUUUCAAAAUGAUAAAAGAAUUAAGCACAGUCAGAGAAUGUAUUGUAAACACAAAUGUGACAUUAAAGUCUAUAAUACAGGACAUAUAUUCAUGUGAUGGACCUAUUGAAUCUUUAACACAGUUAAAUGCAGACGGUAGAAAUCAAAUUAAUGUAUUUAGAAAUUUAAUAGAAAACUUAGAGUUGUAUGCACGAGAAGCAGAAAGUCAACAAGAAAGGUCAGAAGUUGUAGAAGAAGCCCGCAAUCAGAGAGAAUAUUUAACUAGUAACAUUGCUUCAUUCAGAAAAGCCAAUGUGGAAUGUAUGGCGAGGAUUCACAAAAAAUCUAGUGAACAGUUGUUAGGUACAAGCAAAGAAGAACAAGUGAGACAUAAGUUGAAAAUGGAUAAAGAAAAUUUAUUAAAACAGUCAUCAACUGUUACUAAUCAACUUUUAUCAGUCAGUAGACAACUUGCAAGCACAUCUCAACAAAGCUUGGAUACUCUUGAAACUCUUUUAAAGUCCUCUUCAACUGUAUCUAAUAUAAGCAGUGAGAUUAAAAAUGCCAAAGGAGCAUUAACUCAGUCUGAAAAACUUUUAAACAAAUAUGGACAACGUGAAACAACUGACAAAAUUCUUAUUAUGUUUGCUUUUGCAUUUUUUUUAUGUGUUAUAGCUUAUAUUGUUCAAAAACGUCUUUUUUAAAGUUAAUUUGGAUAAAAAAAUUGUAAUGGAAUUUGAUUAUGUAAAAUAUGUAUAUAUAUAUACAUGGAUA